GCACUCUUACAAAUGCAGAAGCCGCAAUGCCAGAGACAAGGCGCGCAUAUCGACGGACACUCGCAUGCAAAGUGCAUCCCACACAAACGGGUACCCACACAGCCUGCCCGCGUGUAGUGAAGAGCAUCUUCACCUUCCUGCGCUCCAGCGUAAUGGUGACGACGCAGAGCCGGAGGGAGUGGGCUGAGUGGUUUUCUGAGGGAUGCACGUGUUCAGCGACAUAUUCUAUGCAUGGCUGGGGCGGUGAGGAGAGCAGUGCAUUGACUGGAAGGCGGAAAGGAGGAGCAGCGCUUCAUCACGGGAGUAAGGAGAGCGAGCGCGUGCAGGAGGGAGUGUGAAGGGGACAGACGUAGAGCAGAGGAGAGGAGGAAGGAUGCCGCAUACCGCCAGCUCCACACAGCCACAUCUGUGGGUGAGGAUGAGCAGCCACUGCCUGUAUCGCGCUCCCGUCUGCCAAGAUCGGCCACAGGAGGUCAAGUUCUGCUUGAAGACUGGGCGAGAGGAGCUUGGGAGAGCUGCUGGAGGUGAUGGGGAGCAGGCCGGCUGUCCCCGUGCUAAUGGCAAGGCACCUACAGGCUGGGUUAGGUUGGGGAACCGGAGUAGGAGCUCGCCCCCUAUCCACAGGGCCCGGCAGUGCAGCCCAUACGCCAGGCUACAGCCAGAACAACAACCUGAGAGGAAUGGCACAUUCCAAACAAUGCCUUCGUCAGGGGCUGCAGGGAUCCCCUCCCUUUCCUCUUCUCCGUUCUCCUCUUCCUGCUGCGCCCCAGGACAUCAUAGGCCACCAACACCGAUGUCGGACUUGCCUCGAAACAUGAGGCGGGCUCACUGGAUGAGCUGCAGUACCUCCAGCAUUUCCUUCCCCUCCAUUCUGGAUGGUCGCUUCAGGCAGCUGCAAGACGAGCGAGAGGUAGUCCAGAAGAAGACCUUUACAAAAUGGGUGAAUUCAAUCCUUUCACGAGUAAACUGCCGGAUCUCAGACUUGUACCACGAUCUGCGGGAUGGGCGCAUGCUGAUCAAGCUUCUGGAAGUUCUCUCCGGGGAGUAUCUGCCGAAGCCAACGAAGGGCCGCAUGCGGAUCCACUGCCUGGAGAACGUGGACAAAGCGCUGCAGUUCCUCAAGGAGCAGAGGGUGCACCUGGAGAACAUGGGCUCCCACGACAUCGUCGACGGCAACCACCGUCUCAUCCUGGGCCUCAUCUGGACCAUUAUCCUGCGUUUCCAGAUUCAGGACAUCGUAGUGCAGGCAGAUCACAAGGAAACACGCUCAGCAAAGGAUGCUCUGUUGCUGUGGUGCCAGAUGAAGACAGCAGGAUACCCUAAUGUCAACAUCACCAACUUCACAACCAGCUGGAAAGAUGGGAUGGCAUUUAAUGCCCUAAUUCACAAACACAGGCCAGACGUAGUGGACUAUCCCAAACUCAAGGUUUCCAACCCCAUUCACAAUCUGCAGCAGGCCUUCAAUGUGGCUGAGCAGAAACUGGGAAUAACUAAACUUCUCGACCCAGAAGAUGUAUUUACUGAGAAUCCUGACGAAAAGUCCAUCAUUACCUAUGUUGUGGCUUUCUACCAUUAUUUCUCCAAGAUGAAAGCACUGGCAGUAGAAGGGAAGAGGGCAGGGAAGGUGCUUGACAGUGCAAUUGAGACAGAGAAAAUGAUUCACAAAUAUGAAAGUCUAACAUCUGAUCUUCUGACAUGGAUUGAGCAAACUAUAAUUGUUCUGAACAACCGCAAGCUUGCCAACUCUUUGACUGGUGUCCAACAGCAGCUGCAAGCAUUCAAUUCAUAUCGCACAGUGGAAAAACCCCCGAAGUUCCAGGAGAAGGGCAACCUGGAGGUACUACUGUUCACCAUCCAGAGUCGCAUGAGGGCAAACAACCAGAGAGUGUACACACCACGAGAAGGAGCACUGGUGGCUGACAUUAACAGGGCAUGGGAACGUUUGGAGCGAGCCGAGAAUGAACGGGAACGGGUCCUGAGGGAAGAACUUAUCCGGCAGGAGAAACUGGAGCAGAUGGCAAGGCGUUUUGACAGGAAGGCAGCCAUGAGGGAGACUUGGCUAAUUGAGAACCAGCGUCUAGUGUCACAGGACAACUUUGGGUAUGACCUGCCUGCUGUGGAGGCAGCAAAGAAGAAGCACGACGCAAUUGAGACCGACAUCAAAGCGUAUCAGGAGCGUGUGCAGGGGCUGGUGGCCAUGUCCCAAGCUCUGGAGUCUGCCGGCUACCACGAUACCAAGCGCAUUGAUGCACGCAAGGACAAUAUCCUGCGGCUCUGGGACUAUCUGCAGGAGCUUCUUAUUGCUAGGCGAGGACGUCUAGAGAAGAAUCUCACCUUACAGAAGAUAUUUCAGGAGAUGCUCCACGUCAUUAGUUGGAUGGAUGAAGUAAAGACUCGCCUCCUCUCGCCAGAUUUCGGUAAGCAUUUGCUCGAAGUGGAGGACCUUCUGCAGAAGCACGCGCUUGUGGAAGCUGAUAUUGCCAUGCAGGCUGAGAGAGUGAGUUCUGCCAGUGCGGCAGCACUCAAGUUUGCCAACGGAGACAGCUACAAGCCAUGCGACCCACAGGUAAUCCGAGACCGGGUACAACAUUUGGAAUUGUGCUAUCAAGAACUUUGUGCUCUUGCGGCCCAGCGCAAAGCCCGUCUACAUCAAUCCAGACGUCUGUGGAACUUCUUUUGGGAAACGGCGGAGCUCGAGAGUUGGAUCAAAGAGAAGGAGCAUAUCUUCUCUUCGAUGGAUUAUGGCAAGGAUCUAACAGGUGUGCUGGUGCUCCAGAAUAAACAUAAUGCCUUUGAGGAUGAACUGGGAGCGAGACGUGCCCACCUGCAGCAGGUCAUGGAUGAAGGAGACAAGAUGGUCCAGGCUAGACACUUUGGGACACCUGGAAUCCAACAACGUAUGGCUGACGUGCACAGACAAUGGCAACAGCUAGAAGAUUUGGCUGCAUUCCGGAAAAGAAACCUGCAGGACACACAGAAAUUCUUCCAGAUCCAAGGUGACGCAGAUGACCUCAAGACGUGCCUGCUAGAUGGUCGGAGGCAAAUGAUGAGUAGCGAUCUAGGUCACGAUGAAUAUACCACCCAGAGGCUGUUUCGGAAACACCGAAGCCUACAGGAUGAGUUGACAAAGAAUGCCGCUACUAUCGAUACACUUUUUAAGCAGGCUAACAGCCUUCCAGAGGAACUACGCAACACACCAGAUAUCCAGAGACGACUGACGGAUAUCCGGGACCUGUACAUGGAGCUCCUUUCACUGUCCGAUCUACGCAAGAAAAAGCUGGAAGACGCCAUGGCUCUGUACACCAUCUUCAGUGAGUCAGAUGCUUGUGAGCUUUGGAUGAGUCAGAAGGAGACAUGGCUGGUGGGACUGGAGACCCCAGAGAAGCUGGAAGAUCUUGAAGUUGUGCAAAACAGAUUGAGUAUCCUUGCUCAAGAGAUGGGCAAUGUCCAGUCACGCGUAGAUGGUGUGAAUAAUGCUGCCCAGCAGUUGGAAGAUAGCAGACACCCCAGCAUGAAGGAGGUCAAGGAAUGCCAGGCACAUCUCAACAAUAGGUGGGAUGCCUUCAAAGCAAUGGUAGAGGACAAGAAACAGAGAGUGGACUCUGCUCUCAGCCUUCACAACUAUGGACUAGAAUGUGACGAGACAAAAGCCUGGAUCAAAGACAAGACACGUGUCAUUGAGUCCACACAGGACCUUGGCAAUGACCUUGCUGCAGUGAUGACCAUCCAAAGGAAGCUGUAUGGGAUGGAAAGGGACUUAGCAGCCAUUGAGGACAAGCUUGUCUUCCUGCAGGGUGAAGCCAGCUUGCUAGCCAAGGACCACCCUGAGAAUGCAGAUGACAUUUUCGGCAGACUGCAGACAUUGGGCCAAGCUUGGGAUGAGCUGAAGGCUACACUGAAGGGCCGGGAAGAGUCCCUGGGUGAAGUUAGCAAACUGCAGACCUUCCUGCAGGAUCUGGACGACUUCCAGUCUUGGCUGUUUAAGACUCAGAAGGCAAUAGCGUCAGACGAGAUGCCAACCACGCUUCCAGAGGCGGAGCAGCUGUUGGAUUUACACGCAGCUGCACAAACUGAUAUGUACAAUCAUGAGGAAGACUACCACCGUUUGAAAGACACGGGGAUAACAGUGACACAGGAUAAGACAGAUCCACAAUAUCAGCAGCUGGAGCAGAGGCUGAAGGGCUUGGAUACUGGCUGGGGGGAACUACAUAAAAUAUGGGACAGUCGCAAGAACUUUCUGGAACAGGGCUUGGGCUUUCAGCAGUUUAUGAGGGAUGCCAAGCAGUCUGAGGCCAUCCUUAACAAUCAGGAGUACACGCUGGCCCACGCGGAGCAUCCAGACACCCUUGAUGGAGCAGAGCAAGUUCUUCGAAAGCAUGAGGACUUUGUUACCACGAUGGAUGCAAACAGAGAAAAGAUCUUGAACACUUUGGAAGGUGGACAGAAAUUAGUGGAGAGUGGCAACCUCUAUUCCGAGAGAAUCAAAAACAAGAUGGAAUCUAUUGAGGACAGAUACAACACAAACCAGGGGAAGGCUAGGGAGGUGUCCCAGAAGCUGAAGGACAAUCGUGAUCUUCAGCACUUUCUGCAGAACACUCAGGAUCUCACGCUGUGGAUAAACGAGAAGAUGCUGACCGCUCAGGAUGCCUCGUACGACGAAGCGAGGAACCUCCACAGCAAAUGGCAGAAACACCAGGCCUUUAUGGCGGAACUGGCGUCCAACAAGGACUGGUUAAACAAAAUCGAUCAGGAGGGACACGAACUGAUGCAGGCGAAGCCAGAAUUUGAGCCUGUGGUGAAGGAACGUCUCUUAAAACUGCACAAGCUAUGGAACGAACUGGAAUCCACUACGCAGGAAAAGGCCCGUCUCCUUUUUGACGCCAAUCGAUCCGAGCUUUUCGACCAGAGCCUAUCUGACCUUAAGAACUGGCUGACAGUCCUACAACAGCAGCUGCAGGCCGAUGAGGACGUUAAGGAUCUGAUCAGUGCCAACAUCUUGCUCAAGAAGCAUCAGAUGACAGAGAACCAGAUUAGGGACAGAGGACGUGAGCUGGAGGAGCUACAGGAGGCAGUGCAGAGCAUGAGGGAGGAUCGUCCCGGGAUGGAGGUGGAGCUGCAGACCCUGCAGCAGCAGUUCCAGCAUGUUCUCACCCCACUGGCAGAGCGGCGAGGGAAGCUGGAAGCUUCCAUGGCUGUCCAUCAGUUCUUCCGGGACUUAGCUGAUGAGAUCCUAUGGGUGGAAGAGAGGUUGCCGCUAGCAACAUCAGAAGAACAUGGAAACAAUCUCCAGUCAGUCCAGAUGCUUCUCAAGAAAAACCAGACCUUACAGAAGGAGAUCGAUGGCCACCAACCACGGAUUGACGAGAUCCUGGAACGUGGUUCUCGCAUGAGGGCAGCAGAGAGCCCCAAGCCUGUGAGGAUUGAGGAGCAAAUGAAGGAGCUGCAGGACAUGUGGACACGACUGCAGGAGGAGACCAGCAAACGCAGAGACCGGCUGAACGCCUCCAAGCUGGCCCAGCAAUACUAUAACGACGCGGAUGAAGCAGAGGCCUGGACUGGAGAGCAGGAGCUCUAUAUGAUUGCUGAUGAGAUGGCUAAGGAUGAGCAGAAUGCAGCGUUAUUGUUGAAGAGGCAUUCGACCCUGAAGCAGAACGUGGACGAAUAUGCAGAGUCCAUCCAGCAGCUUGCUGACCGAGCCCAGAAGAUGUUGGCUGAGGAUCAUCCUGAUGGGGAGGCUAUUAUUCGACGGCAAGGUCAAGUGGAUAAGCAGUAUGCCAGUCUAAAGGACUUAGCCGAAGAACGGAAGAAAAAACUAGACCACACUUGUCACCACUUCCAGUUGUGUCGUGAGGUGGAGGACCUGGAGCAAUGGAUUGCAGAGCGUGAUGUCGUGGCAUCGUCGCAGGAGAUGGGCCAGGAUUUAGACCACGUCACGAUCUUGCGUGAUAAGUUCCGGGAAUUUGCUCGCGAAACUGGGACUCAUGGCCAGGAGCGAGUGGAUGCUUUCAAUCAGAUCAUCGAUGUGCUGAUUGAAGCCGGUCACAGCGAAGCGGCUACCAUGGCUGAAUGGAAGGACAGUAUCAAUGAGAGCUGGGCGGACUUGCUGGAACUCAUCGACACCCGUGCUCAGCUUCUCACUGCCUCGUAUGACCUGCUGAAGUACUUCUACGAUGGAAAGGAACUUGUGGCCCAGAUCCGAGAGAAGCAAACUCAGCUGCCUGAUGACGUGGGUGAGGAUUUCAGCAAGGCUGAGUCCUUCCAUCGCAUGCACGCUGCCUUCGAGAGGGAUAUCAGUACCCUGGGAAAGCAGGUCCAGCAAUUCCAGGAGACAGCGACCCGGCUACGUGCCCAGUAUGCAGGAGAACAGGCCACCGCCAUCCAGACCACAGAGCGUGAGGUGGUGGAAGCCUGGAAGACCCUGCUUGAUGCCUGUGACGGGCGGCGGUCCCACCUGGUGGACACGGCGGACAAGUUCCGUUUCUUCACUACGGUGAGGGACCUGCUGGCCUGGAUGGAGAGCAUCAUCCAGCAGAUUGAGACGCAAGAGAAACCCCGGGAUGUCUCCUCAGUGGAGCUAUUGAUGAAAUACCACCAGGGAAUCCGCUCAGAGAUCGACACCAGAAACCCCAAAUAUAAUGCCUGUGUGGAGCUGGGACGUUCCCUCCUGGUGCGGCAGCAUCGCGACUCCGCUGAGAUCAGAGAUAAACUGGAUCAGCUACUAGAAAAGAAUAAAGAGAUGAUGACAAAGUGGGAUGAGAGAUGGGACUGGCUCAGACUCUUGCUGGAAGUGUGCCAGUUUGCACGAGAUGCCUCCGUGGCAGAGGCUUGGUUGAUUGCACAGGAGCCACAUGUAGUGAGUAAGGAGGUUGGCCAGACUGUUGACGAAGUGGAGAAGUUGUUGAAGAGACAUGAGGCCUUUGAAAAGUCCUCCGCCACGUGGGAGGAGCGUUUCGCCGCACUGGAACGCCUCACCACGCUGGAACUGCUGGAGCUAAGAAAGCAGCAGCUAGACAUGCAGAGUCAGCUGCAGGACAGCAGGAGAGAAGAUACAGGGUUUGUGGAGGAGUCCUCCCCAAUGGAUACUGUGGAGGAGCCAUCUCUGUUUGCCCCAGUAGAACCCAGUCCUAGCCAGCGGGAGGGAUCUGCUGAGGACACGACGGCAGCAGUGGUGUUGGAGGUCGACGAGAGCAGCCCUGGAGAAGAGCUUCAGAAGCUGACCAAGGAGACCAAGGAGGCGGCCACCCUCCCCGCAGGAGCACCGAAAGGCCAGGCCGUGAUUUUGGAGGGGACCCUGGGCCGCAAGCAUGAACUGGAGGCGACUGGAAAGAAAGCUUCCAACAGGUCCUGGAACAACUUACACUGCGUGCUGAAGCCGGGACAGUUGUCCGUCUACAAGGACGUUAAGAGCUUUGGUGUUGGUGUCACCUACCAUGGGGAAGAACCCCUGACUCUCAGCAAUGCCAUUUGCGAGGUUCUGACCAGUUACAAGAAGAAGAAGCUGGUGUUCAAGCUGCGUUUAGCAGAUGGGAGUGAGUAUCUGUUUCAGUGUAAAGAUGAGGAAGAUCUCCUGAGCUGGACCCAGGCAAUCGAAGGAGCAGUGAUGCCUCAGGAGGAGGACGAGGACGCAGGGCCAUCAGAUGCGCUGACAGGCAGCCUGCCGCUUCCGUCUUCCUCCACACUCCAGGAACCCAGCUCUGACAAAAAAGACAAGGAGAAGAGAUUUCGCCUUUUCGCCAAAAAGAAAUGAGACAAGGGAUGUUCAUACGAUGGCUUGGUCACCCAAGAUGAUCUGGAUAAUGUUCAUACGAUGGCCUGGUCACCCAAGAUGAUCUGGAUAUCUGGGCAGCAAAAGACAAAAAGCUGUUUAUCACCAGGUCAUUCAUUCUGUCCCCACCUUUAUUCAUGGUAACAAUUAUAAAGCUUUAAGAAAACAAAAAUGGCAUUAAUUGGGAAUGAAUAGCACACUAUUCUUGUCUGCACUGAGGUAUGCCUGAUGCUGUGGUACACCUGAUAUGUCUUUUUUAAUUACAUGCAGUAAUUUACUUUGUAACCAAAAAAAUAUAUAUUAUUAACCAAAGAAUGUUUAUAGAUUUUUUUUUGUUUUUUUUUUUUUGCUUCUGUUCUAUUUUGGCAUGCUUCAAGUUGUUUAUAAUAUGUGUUAGAAACUUAGGACAUUUUGUUUUGUUUAUUUUCCUUCUUCAUAUAAAGCAGGGUUCUUCAACUCUGGACCUCGAUUCCAAAUCCAGGCCUUGUUUUCAGUUCCCCGCAGGUAGUUGUUUAAUAAUUACUGAUUCUGAUUGGUCAGAGGCUUCACACCUGACUGACAGGUAAAGGAAGGCUGGAAAACCAGCAGUGCUCGGACCUCGAGGACCGUGAGUUGAAUAACCCUGAUAUAAAGAAAUGGUUGUGAAUUAUAAUACUGUGCAGCUGGCAUCAGAAUAUUUUAUUACAGCCUGGGAGCUGGCUGAGAUUUAGUUUUGUAUAUGCUGGUUUUAAUUGGAUGGUAUAGUUUUGCUGAUGGAGAGUUGACCCUGAAGCUGUAUAGUACUGUAUACUGCAGCCAUAAACAUGCAGGGUGAUGGCUCUAUGCAGGUGGCUGGGCUAUUCACACUACCAAAACUGAGAAUCACACUGUGAUACUGAGAUGAUGCUGUUUUAAAAUUGCAUCAUGAAAGAUACCAAAUAAUGCCAUAAAUUAAAUUACUAAAACCAAAUAAGUAUUUCGACAGCAAUUGAAAUAAAUCCAUAACUGGAUCAUCCUUUUUUAAAGACAUUAAAUACAGCACUCCUAUUUUUGGGGAAAAAAAUAUGUAUGCUUUGUCAAAUAUGGUGCUAUUUUUGACGCUAAAAAAGUCAAAAACCUGUUUCCAGAGUGACAUCUCUUUGGUUCUCGGUUGACUCUUUGCUUCAAAGCACCCAUCCACCCAAUCCCCCUCCCACCCAGCCAGCCAGACCUCUCUGUUAACCCGUAUCCCAGAGAAAUCAAACAGUAUGCAAAGCAAUCUGGAUGUGAGGGUAACCUUGUAAAAAAGCUGUAAAAGGAAGGGAUGGAUGGAUGUGACACUUUGUACAUCUAGUAUUUAUUUUCCAAAAUGUGAUUUUAAUGCUUGCACACUUAAAUAUUGUUUCUAUGCUGAGAGAAACCAUGCAGUGCAAAUUCGCUUUUAGUCAGACUGAAAUAUAUACAUAUAUAUAAGGAAAUGGAUUUUUAUUAGUUUUGUUGUAUUUAUAAUUAUUUGCAAACUAAAGUAUAGCUGAUUUAUUUUUCAGUUGUAUAGGGCAGUUGUGUCCACCGGGUGUUCCCAUUUCAUCACUAUGGUCGCCUUACUUCACUGUCACAAAAUGCUAUCGCCACCAAUGUCUUUAAGCACAGUCAAGCCUUUAGAUUUUCUUUGGCAUGCAUAAGGAUGAGUACAUUUUUGAUGCCUUCAGCCAUUUUAUUUGCAUAUCUUUUCUUUGCGUAAGCUAAUGAUAUUUUUAUUAGUAUUUUAUACUCCAUAGCUAGAAACAGACACUGGUCUGGCAUUUUGAGAACUGAUCCUGAAACAGAAACAAUAAAACAAGCACUUGGGAGUAA